CAGCUACAGUCAUGUGUUAACUUCGAAGAAGUUGAGUACAUCUGUGAUGACGUUUACACUUGGCCGGCUGCUACAAAAUCUAACGGGUCUGUUACGCGUUUCUUGUAACAGCUAGCUUCCUGGUCCAUCAUCACUUCUACCAGUCAGUGAGCAUGGUGAUCGGUGAAUUGUGGAUGCACAGCGAGUUUUUGUUUCAAAACACGACAUUAUUUGUGGUUGAGUGAGGUUAUUUUGGUGCAGUUGUUUCUCAUACACAAUUCCAUAAAACAUCGUUUAAAAUAUGCUUUCGAAGUAGUGACGUGGAAGAUCACCUAAAACAUGUUAAAUUGUUACGCAACACGUGUUUAUUUCUCAUGUUGUUUAGAUAAUUGUUUUGCGAUCGCCAAAAGACGCCAUUAAGCUGUGAACAUGUGCGUCAAAGAUUGUCAUAAAUAUGUCGGAAACGAUAACCGAAUGUUCAGUUAUCGAUACGAAGGUAGAAAUACAUCGAACAUGGAGAGUUUGUGAGAAGUGUUAAGAAAUUGUUGCUUGCCGCGUUUUUAUUCGAGAUUUCAAGAGCGUGAUUAUUGAUUCCGGGUUAUUAUGCCCUACAAACAGACUGGUUUACAACCAGUGCAAACAAAUACAGAAUUAAAGUGUGACAGGGAGCAUAUAUUGCUACUGCCAUAUUUACAUCUUGUGUGUAUUCCUUAAUAUGGACUGCUUCAGCUGAUUGUAAGCUGAGGAUUCAUGGAUAUUAAACGUUCAAAACCGAAACAAAGUGCUUUUGAGUUUGCAGCGUGUCGUUUAACAUUUAUCUACGGAAUUACACUUCACGUUAUUUCUGAUCCAUUAAUUUGUAUAUGUGUUUGAUAUAACACGAGACGUGGGCCUGUUGUGUCAAAAAGAGGUAGUAAACGAGUUCCUGUAGUACAGUAAAGGGUGAAAUUUUAGUAAAAUUAUUUUGAAAUUAUAUCCGUGUGAAACCACAAAUAACGGUUGUCAUUAUAUUGCCACUUACGUUAGAACGUUGCGUUCUGCUAUAAAAAAUAAAGGUGCGUGAUUUAUAUAUCAGUCAGCAAGUAAUAUUCCUCCUAUAAGCGAUUUGUGUCCACCUGUUGUCACGCAAGCACUCGAUAGUUCCUCUUGGUUGUCAUACACUUCUUCCAAGGUAAAUACGUAGUAGCUUCUCCCUUUCUCCCAGAGUUACAUAAAACACUCUACGUAAUUGUGUGAAAAUGCCCAGUAUCAUCACGUGUUUUAUUCCAUCAUAAACGCCAGGUUUUCUUCCCAUAAGCCAGAGAUAUCCGGAAAAUUAUCUAUGUAGAUAAAUAUCUUAACGUACCUCCAAAAUACUUUCGAAUAUAUUCUACAAUUGCGUAUUGUAUACUUGAAACGCAACCUCAGAUCUUGCAGACAUUUAAAAAAAUUGCAUAAUAUAUGCUAUUAGCUUCAAGUACUCGUUCAGAAUAAUGUAAUCUCCCCUUAAGACAUGAUCACAAAACUUGCGAAGACCGUAAAUACUUCUGAUAACAUUCUAAAGUAGCUGUGGCGAAUGGUGAAGUGCUGUAAUGAUUCCAGGCGUCCUAAAAUAUGUGACACGAAGACGUAAUAAUCUUUCAUUUACGUAAGCGGCAACGUUAUAAGACGUGUGCUGAUCGGACAGUACAUGUUCGUAAUUCCCGUGGUCAUAACAGUACUUCUGCAAACGUGGGUGAACUCGAAUGUUUUGGAAGAUUUCCGUGUGUAAUUAUUAACAUCCCACAAACAAACAAGUGGUUUGUCCCUCGCGGUUUCUUGUCCCGCAAGGCGCAAGAACAGUUAACCGGGUUCAGUGCAACGGAGUCGAUGCAGCUCCCGCCAUGUCUCUCCCAAAAGAAGGGGAGGUUCUACGAGUUCCCGGCUCUCCUCAGCUCGAUGCCCGCAGAGUGCGUGGGUCCUGGCGCGACUACCUGGACCCCGCCUCCACCCCUCCGCCACAACCGCCGACCCUCAGUGAGGAAGAGGAGGACGACGACGACGAUGACGCUUGUUGCGUCGUGAGCGCCGAGGCGGACUUCGAACCUUUCUCGGACACUUGUGGCGAGGGUGACGAGAGUGAUCUGGAGGGCCUGGACUUGACCCUGUUUGAACCAGCCGCGGCGGCGAGCGUCAUCGCCCCUUGUUGCCCUCAGUGUUGUGGACAUUGCGCCAGGGAAGUGGCUCGCAGGAAUGGCGCCUUGCCAGGAACGCUGUACAUCCUCACUACAGUACAGGGCGCCGACAAUGAUAAGGACCUGCAGAUCGGCCACAGACCAGCCAAUGCUGUUAAGGACGGCAAAGUGUCCCUGGUUGCCUGGGAGCCCUACUUUUGCGUACUGUUGCAGGACGAGCAGACGCUCACCGCCUACAGAAGCGAGGAGUUAUCUAUUUUCCCUGGAACCCCGGGUCGGCCUCGCUCUCGGAUGAAGAUCGGAGACGCGUUGUUCGUGGAUUUGCCACGAGUUCGCCUUGAUGGAGGCGCGAAAGCUUUCCGUCAGCGCUGGGGUUACGAACUCAGUCCACCCCCGCCGCUGCUGGAGGAAGAAGAAGGCGAGGAUUGCGAGGCGGAAGGGGAGGGGGAACCAGCUGAAACAGCGUCGCUGAGAGAAGAAGGCACUUCGCAUACCGUGUCACCUCUAGGUGAGUUGAAAUCCAUGUCUCUUCCGAGAGCAUUUGUCGAAGAGAAAUGCUCUGAUAGAGUGGCUGCAAAAGCAACAUCCACGGUUUUGAAUAAAGUGCCGUCAACGGAUAGGCCCAAAAAGAUCCCCCUCGUAGUUGUGGAUCAACAUAACAGUGGCAAGGAUGUGAAGACAGCUGACAGACAGGAAGCGAAGCACCAACAACAGCCAACUCGUCAGGCGAACAAAGACGUCGACGAAGACGAUGCCAACGAUCCCGGUGUUCAUUCUGAUACAUCUUAUGAGAAGGCGUGUAGAAGAGGCAGUGCCCCAGCCACCCCUGUUCUGGGUACCCGUGCCCUUGAACUCACACCCUCCAGGAUAGUCAAUUUCUUCUCAAAGCGGUCUUUCAGAUCGAACCCGCUGAAGAGGACCAAAAGUGUUACAAAACUGGAAAGAAAACGAGUUCUUGACAGUGACGGAGUUCCUGUUCCACCACGACUGCGUACGUCACGGUCUCACGAGUCCUUGCUCUCAGGCCAAAGUGUGAUGCAAACUCUGGACUUGGGAGCUGGGGGCGUAGAGAUCAAGCCCCUACACCCUUCGGUCCUGGGUCGUGAACAUUGUUUCCAAGUUACGCUUCCCGCUGGCAGCCCACGCUACUUCUCAUGUCGGUCGGCCGAUGAGCGAGACAAGUGGGUGCAUAGCUUGCGUAAGUCUGUUCAACCAGAUCAGGAACAUGUGCGGCGUACAGACAAUUCACUCAAGAUAUGGAUUCUGGAAGCCAAAGGAAUUGCAAACAAAAAGAGGUACUUCUGUGAGCUUUGUCUCGAUAAGACGCUCUAUGCUCGUACUUCAUCCAAGCAGAAGGGAGACAUGUGUUUUUGGGGAGAGCAUUUUGAUUUCCACAACUUGCCUCUGGUGAAUGUUAUUAAUGUGAAUCUCUUUCGUGAAGCUGAUCGUAAGAAGAAGCGGGACAAAAAUGUCUUAGUUGGUAGUGUAAGCAUACCAGUGCAUGAAGUGACAUCUCGGCACCUGAUGGAGAAGUGGUAUCCUGUUUUGUCAGAAAAGGGUAUACCGAAGGACCCUCCUUCUCUGCGGGUAAAGUGUCGCUUCCAGUCAGUAGACAUCCUGCCAGUCCAGGUGUAUCAAGAAUUUCUGCAGUUCCUGAAGAUGGAGUACAAGCCAUUGUGUGAGGCAUUGGAGCCUGUGAUUGGCGUGAAGGCAAAGGAGGACAUAGCAACAGCCAUGGUUCACAUCAUGCAGAGAGAGGGCAGGGCACAGCAGUUUCUUGCUGACAUAGUCAUGAUGGAUAUUGAUCGGAUAGAUGAUGAACGGCUGACAUUCAGGGGGAACUCCCUGGCAACAAAGGCAAUGGAGGCAUACCUGAAACUGACAGGUGAUCGGUACCUGCAGGAAACUCUUGGCGAACUCGUGAGUUGUGUACUUAGCUCAGGGCAGGACUGUGAAGUUGACCCAUUGAAGGUGGCCAAUGUAGCAGCCCUACGCAAACAGCAGGACAACUUAAGGGCCGCAGUGGAACUGGCAUGGUCCCGCAUCUUGAGUUCUCACCAGGCUUUCCCCGUGGAGUUGCGCGAAUGUUUCCACACAUUCCGAGAGCGUCUUGCAGCCAUGGGACGAGAGGACAUUAGUGAUAAUCUCAUCUCAGCCUCCAUUUUCUUGCGCUUUCUCUGUCCAGCUAUUCUGUCUCCGAGCCUGUUCAACAUCACACAUGAAUAUCCAAAUGAAAAGGCUGCACGUAAUCUCACUCUUGUGGCCAAGACAUUACAGACAUUGGCCAACUUCACGCGUUUCCAAGGAAAGGAGAACUUCAUGGAAUUUAUGAAUGACUUUCUGGAACGAGAAGCUCCAUCAAUGAAGAACUUCUUGAAGCACAUUUCAGCACACGUGCAGCGUGACUUUCCAUCUCCACACUGCUUGGAGUUUGAUGGCUACAUUGAUCUUGGCAAGCAGUUGAGUCUUUUGGCUGCUCUUCUACAUGAAUGUGUGGGAAAAUUUGGACCUGGACACAGCGGAGAAAUCCAGAGGCUUACACGGGUUCUUGACAGGGUGAGACUAGCACAGAGUCAGCCGGCAGGAUUGAUCCGUCAACACAGUUCACCCCCAAUGCCUGGAAUUAUACCUUCACCAGGGCAGGGAGAACCAGGAAAUAGGAAUUCUGAACCAGCAGCACUUCAGGCCCUACAGAGGAACAUCUUUAGGUUUAAUGACCCUACAGUGUGCAAUGGCGUUGUUUUGGGUCAGUUCCAUAAUGGACAACAGCAGCAACAUCAUCCCACCAGUGAAAUGAGUGGCUCCAUGAUUGCCACCAUCUCUGGUCAUGUUACACGAUCGCCUGUUGUACCCCGAGCGUCGACUCUGCCUCGUAAUGCCUUUCUACCCAAGCUAGCAAUGACAUCAACUACUGCUGGUGAUGAAUACUGUGAUCCACCUCCAGCCUAUCACAGUCCUAGUCCCGCUCCACACCACUGUAGUGUUCAUUGUCUCCCACCUGGUAGCCUGCAGCACCGGAGUGGCCGUUCUUCUUCUAUCGCGAAUGGUCUAAAUGGAAAUAUUGCAACUGCUAAUAGUAAUGUAAAUGGGAACCUGGAUGAGCUGUCCGAUCUGUUGCGUUACGCAGAUGAUGAGGCUCUGUCAGAACACAAUACAAACAAGGGUAGUCAGAUUUCUAUUUCACAGCUCUCCAAUGUGGCAUCAUCUGGGUAUCAGAGUUUUGCAUAUAGUCAGAGCUCAAGUCCUGUGGAUCUCACCAUUGCAAAUAACAAUAAUUCUACACAAGCAAACAGUGCUGUAAGCAACAACAACAACAAUAAUAAUGUAAGCAUUGUAGCAUCGGCUCCACUUGCUUUUACCAACCCGGUGUAUCACAUGGAAUUACAACAGCAGAUGGCGACACUGAACGGACAUCACCGUCAUUUGCGUCGGCAUCAUUCUUGCAGUUCAUCUUCUGAGGAAAAUGGUGGUGGUGGAACACUGGAGAGGGUGGGUGGAGUGGAUGCAUCUCCUUUGCAUUCAACACCUACACCCCCACCAGUUCACAAGUUCUCUUCAGGAUUGCGAGCUCCUCGUACAAACCCACAGUGUGCACAGAGGAGUAACUGGCGUGCAGCUAAUGGGCAAACUUCUGGUGUGUUGCAAACCCAUCUUCAUACAUGCACUAGCACUCCAGAUCAACCUAUUUCUACAUGCUGUGCAAAGCUGAGGCGGCGGCUGUCUCUUGACUCAACUCGUGAUCUUUCAGACUCGUCAGAUGAUGAUAGCUGCCAUGGUCAGCUCAAUAAGCUUCGAAGCCCCAGGAAUAUUGAGCAGUAUGAACAAGAGAUUGAACGAUUGCAGAAGAAUGUAGAAUAUUUGAAAUUGAAGUUGGAACAGGCCGAACAGCAGCACGAUCGAGAACAGCGAGGCUCGGGCAUGGACUCGCCGGAUAUCGACUCCAGCGAGCGGGAAUCAGUGCAUGAUGUGAGAGACCCACCAACUCCUGGCCAAGGAGACACAAACAUGAAGAACAUCAUUGCAAGGUUAAUCUCUGUUGAGGAAGAGCUUCGCCGUGAGCAGCAAAAGAUGUCUGAUGCAUUGUCCCACAAACAGAGGGUUAUUGAGGCACAAGAACAUAAAAUCGCUGCUUUAGAUGCUGCAAAUAAUCGCCUCCUCUCAGCUCUGACCACCCUGAAGGAUCGAUAUGCCCUUCAACAAGGUAAGAAUGGAGCCCAGCGUCUGUUGGCAGAACUGAGUGAACUGAAGAGCUCGUCAUGCUGAGAUGCUCAGUGUACAGUUCUUUGCAAAGGAAGGCAAGUAUCUGUUUGUCAAGAAGGGAUGUAGUUAAAUGUACCUGGUACUUGUACAUUUUACUGAUGAUGCAAGUCCACCAAAGCAUUAGAUACAAGAAUGAUCAGCGGCUUUUUGUAUGACUGGUAAGGUGCAAUCAAGAUUUACUGUUUAUUUUAAGGGUUUGAUUAUUUUUUAUAGAACAAAACUUAUUGAGAAGUUUUAUGGGCAAAUUUGCUGUAGGUCCAAUAAUAUUUUGAAGUUGUAAUUCUUUAGUUAAACUUUGUGUAAUAUGUCAUCUUUCAGAAGAAAUAGCAACUUCGCCACUGUCAUCAAUCAUUCUGUGCACAUAAAUUUAUGCCACAAUGAUCAAUACCAGGUACAUACAACCCUUUAUUAAAAUGUCCAACUCCACAUUUAUUGCGUCUUAUAAAAUGGACGUAUUUACCUCAUCGUGGUUUAAGAUGCCAGAUACUAUGAAGUCAUGGUAUCUUUAUAAUAAAGAGUAUCUGUAAGAUCGACUUCAUUCGACAGUUGAUACUUACCAGAAUCAUAGCUGGAACAGUAUUUUCUGUAACUUGAGUCUUGUUGUCAUAUUUGAUUGUGAAUUGAGAGUCGUGGUUAGUGAAAUGUGACUGUAUCAUAUUCAGCUGUAGGGUAUACGGACAACCAGAUGUUAGCUAGUUAUUGUACCUGUUUUUUAUCAGCUGUUAUAUGAGGCUGUACUUUAUUUUUGUUUUAAAGUAUGGAGGAAAGUCAUGAAUAAGACAGUAUUUUACCUAUCUGCCAUGCAGAAGUAAUGUACGCGCGCUGUUUCAUUAGUCAUGCUGCACAUCACUAAAUGCUUUUAAAAAAUGCACAAAUUCAUAAUAAUAUGUACAGUAAUCACUGACAUGGAUGUCUUGGCUACGUACAUUUUAAUAAAUAAGUACAGUAUGCCUUGAUCGCCAGAGAUUUAAACUUUUGAAAGUGGACCAUUUACACUGUUCAUGCAUAAACACUCUGUAUUAGAAAUGGCUGUAACGAUAUUGUCGCAUUAAGUGGCCGAUGUUUUCUUGUCUGACUGUGGCAAUUUUGUAAUAAACAAGUAUGACAGUAGUACAACUCUGCGACUGUUAUUUGCAUACGUGAAACGCUGUUCGCAUCUAGCAUUCCGUAGUCAAAAUACAAUUACAACUAUUAGGUGGUAUAAGAAACGCUUUCAAAAUUAUCAUUGCAAAUAUAUGUGGUAAAAUUUUCAGUAUAUUGUCAUGCUUUGAUCUGUAGCAAUUGGUCAUUUUGAAUGUAUGUUUUAUUAUACACUCUAUAUUGUACUCGUUCUUGAAUUUCUUUGCAUGUGUUUGUUUAGGGAUACAACAAAAUAAUUUACGGCCAUUGCUAUUAUUAAUGCAGCGUAGUGAGGAAGCAGUCGGCUGCUUUAGUAUUAUCCUGUGUGUAUUUUGUAGAUUUCUCAUUACCAAAGAUUAGUUGUUUGGCAUCAUAAAUGCCAGGUUGUUUCUGUAUAUGUUUGGGAAAUGAUUUAUAUUGUGGUCUGUGAAACAUGGCAAAAUAAAGGUUCUACUACAAACAUGUACAUAUAAGCCAUAUCAGUAUAGGAUGACAUACAAUAAUUUAUGUUUUUUACCUUUGUUAAAUGUUUUUGUGUGCUAGAAAGGUCAUUUAACUAUCUAAAAAUUGAAACGGUAGUUGUUUCUGAUAGUAUUUUUUUGCGUUAAUUUUUCUAAGAAACUACAACAGACUUGCCAUGAUUGAGCUGAAGUUUUUUUAUCUAGCGCUUCUUAUUGUAAUUGUAUCAGUUUUUGUGUGAUACACAAAUAAUGUAUAUCCACUCCUUCCCAUUUUUUUGUAAGUGUAAAUUUGAAUGUAGAUUAUAUGAACUGUACACAAUAUUUAUCACAUUACACAAGUAAUUUAAAGCUGUUUACUUCA